AUGAAUCCAGAUGUCAAGCGUGUCGUGGCCUUCUGGUUCAACCGCCCUCCCAUCGAAUGGAUAUUCGCCCCCGCAGGUCUUGAUGACCAGCUGAAGUCCGAGUUUGGCGACCUCGUUCUCAAAGCUCGCCGCAAUGAACUCGAUGACUGGGCAGCAGAACCUGAAGCCAGCGUCGCCCUCGUCGCCCUGCUUGACCAGUUUUCCCGCAACAUGUUCCGCGGCUCGCCAGAAGCCUUCACGGCCGAUGCAAAGGCGUAUGAGACAGCUACCAAGGCCAUAGCGCGCGAUUUCGACAAACAGGUCACUGUCAUUCAGGCAUCGGCCUUUUACAUGCCGCUGAUGCACCAGGAAAGCCUUAUUUCACUGAUCGCGGUCCGAUGCCUGUUUGAGAAGCUGAAACCACGAUGUGUGACCGAGGAAGAACACAACUGGGUCGAUAUGGGCGUUUCGGCUGUGAAAAGGCAUAUGCAGCAGCUGGAGAGGUUUGGAAGAUAUCCAACUAGGAACGCUGCCUUGGGUCGGAAGAACACUGAGGCUGAGGAGGAGUAUCUGAAGGAACAUGUUCCUAAAGUGUAA